UCCGUGACAGCAAUAUGUAUACCUCGGACAAUUUUUGAUAAUAAUAAUAGUUGUAUUUUUCAAGUGAAGAACAAACGUUAAUCAAGUGAAAGAAUCGUAAGAAAUAUCGGGUUGCCUACACAAAGAAGAUCAAGUUAAUUAUUUUGAGACCAAUCUUAUCACAUCACCAUCGAAAGCUGAAUCUAUCACAUUUCGAUAAUAGGAACUAUCAAUUCGUGUACUAUCUAACAAAGCAUAACAUCUGAUCCGUCAAGUUCCACCGAUAGUUAUUUGACGCGAGAUGGACAGUACCAACAAUUUUUGAGCUUGUAAUUAAAUUCAGGCUUAUUGGAACCAAGUGAUAUGCUCAGAUAAAAUGUUAUCAAAUAGACGCAGUUCGUUGGAAUCAGACUGAAGAAAAAUAAAAUUGACGAUAUCGCAGCUUAUUUAUGAUGAACGGAUGAGGAUUACUUUUGGAGAUCUAGCCACAAUAAAAUUUGAGAGCAGUGCGGACAAGUGUAAAUAUAAAAUAUAUGUUCAUAUACAUAUAUGAUGCAUACUUAAUAAACAUAUGUAUGUAUGUAUUGUAAAAACGCAAAUCAAAGAGAGUUCAGCCUGUAGAUAAGAAAAUACAAUGAUGUUAAAUAAAUAUCAGAAUUAUUUGCAACAACAUCAAAACCAGCAUCAGCAGAGUUUACAACAGCAACAACAAAGUUGCGGUGUCUUAGCAUCAGGCAUGACCGACAUCGCUGCUUCUGGAGAUCCUAGUACCGGCGACUAUGGAACCCAUGCUUCUAAUAUUUCAAAAUCAGAACGUGAGUCCAUACACUCAGGUCAAUUUAUGGUGUCUCAUUUUGAAGCUGAAGAGGCACAAGAAGAUGACCUGGAAGAAGAUGACGAAGUGAAAAUGAUUGAUCCAGAAGAUCCGAAUCUUGCAAAAACUGAGGAUCUAGUAAACACGUGUACUGAGGUGCAGCGAUUUGUGCCAAGAAAAAUAUCAUAUGUACAAGAAACUGGUCAUAUAGGAUCAGCUGUCACUUCGCACUUGGAAAUAGAAACCUCGCUCACCAAACUAUUUAAAUGCAUGAAUCUGGCAUACAGUCAAAAACUAACCUCACCUAAAUGGAAUCAUUUCAAAGGAAUUCGCUUGCGUUGGAAGGACAAAAUUCGUUUGAACAAUGUUAUUUGGCGUUGUUGGCAUAUGCAAUUUAUACUCAAGCGUAGGACACCAGUAUGCCAGUUUGCAUCACCGCUGGACGUUGACAUCCAUAGCAACCCACAGGCUGUUGUACUAGAGGGGAAAUAUUGGAAACGUCAAACAACCGUUAUCAAAGCUGAAUACAGGAAAUGGCGAAAGAACUCCAAAUCUAAAACAUCUGGUUGCCUUACGUAUGAUACGAAAAGCGAAUUCGAUUUCUUAGAAUGGUCGCCGUUAAACGAUCGUAUGUUGAUGAUACCAGACGAUUGGACAAAUGAUACACUAUUCUCUUCGAUUAAUGGACCGUUCCCAUUUCCGGAUCCACGAGAAAUAGCAAGAGGUGCGGGUAUAGCCGAUUUUAUACAGCCAGGACUGGGCUCUCUGCAACCUAAUAUCGACGAUAUUGAUCUAACAUUUGAUGCUUUAUUCUUCGCAGAGCUGCUACAGCCAACUCGUUUGCCGCCAGUGCCAGAGGAAGGCACUGACGAAAUGCUUAAAAAUGUGGAAUAUAAUCUAUCCGCAAUUAUGGGUUCCGAUCAGUUAGCGACGAACAAUAUGGUCGGUGUUGGUGGAAAUACCUCGAAUGCACUAACGGUUAGCGAUGAUGCUAAUAUGUUGGACUUGAACGCACCGCUUGAAACGAUUCAAUUUGAAUCAGCGAUGGCCCAACGUUAUCCGGCACCGUUGUCGCGUGAAAAUAGUGGCAGUCAGUUAUUGAAUACAUCAGGAUCUAAUCAAACGCAUGAAAUUAACUCUGUGGAUACAAUAAUGUCUGAGAAUCGUUCCUCUGCAGUAGGUGUUAAUGAAAGCAUGGGAUCUCCUGCCUCUACCUCAGAUUCGUCAGCUAUGCGCUUGCACUCUAAACAUUUCCCCACUACAAACGAUGGUGUCUCGAACAACCGAUCCUCAAGUAACGAAUUUCCAAGCAAAAGCGUGAUGAAAGGUCGUAUUUCAAAGAACCAACGACCAUUUAGACGUGAGCCACAUAACUACGAUAAAGCUCAGCCUACGCUGCAUCAAACAACCAUAUAUCAGCAAAUGUUGGCAGAACACCAAAAGAGCCAACAAAAUCAACAUUUGCAGCCUUCCUUACCUUGUACUGGCUUGCAGCAUCAAGCAAUGGCAUACCAUGCGCACCAACAACAACAGCAGCAGCAGCAACUGCAAUCAACGCCCACACAAUAUGCAACCCCAACUUCACUUAUAAGUGGAUCAAGUGGUACGGGAAGUGGCACUGUAUACGGUGCCUAUGGCAAUGUUGAUGUUUCAUCGUCUUCUAAUAGUGGCCUUAACAUUAACAAUAAUCUACUUAAUGUUUCUAUGAUAAACCCAAAGCCCAAAGGUUAUGCAAUAAUACAAACAACCACAAAUUGUCUCUCCAGCGCACCCCAAAUCAAUACCAAUAAUUCUACAAACACAUCAAUGAUGUUACAAACGGUAAAAACCGAGCCGCCUUCAGCCGAUGUGUUAUCCAUGUAUAAUUUAAACACUUCAAAUGAUGCGUAUGGCGGCGUUAAUACAAAUUUAAGUAGUAAUAAUAAUUCAAAUGCAUACAAACCUUACCCAAGUGUGAGUAAUUUUAAAAAAUCAGCUUCCACUGGUGGCUACAUAAAUAUGCGUGUCAAUACAAAUUCACCUUAUAUGCAUGAUCAGUCGUCUACUGCACAACAUGUGCAUCAACAAUCGCUGCCACUUAAUUUAGGCUGUCAGGUGUCCGCUUUGCCCAGCCCUCUACAAUUACAGGUACAAGCACAAUGCCAACUAUCACCUUCUUCUAGUCAUCAACACCAACAACAACAACAACAACAACAAGCAAGUCAGCAUCUUCUGACAACACAACAACAGCAUCAAAUGCAGCAGCUUAGUCAGCAACAACAACAAACGGCAGUUAACAUUAUGCCCCGCGAAAUGUUUAGAUCAAAUAGUUUGCCACUUAAUGUAACACUACAGAAACUGGAAUCACGCUCCAGCCACGACAAUUUCGCUGUACCAAAAUAUCAAGCGAAAAAUAAUAAGCCACGUUCGCGUAGCAACUCCAUACACCAACAUACAAUUGUUGCACCAAACGGUGCUAACAAGUCGAACAGUGCAAAAAGUAAUAGUCUCAUGGUGGCGCCACAGUUACAGUCUGCCACUAGCGAUCCCAUGCUGAAUAAUAGUACCUUAGCGCAACUUCUGACAACUAACUCCCGGUCGUUGCUUAAAAAACAAAGUUCUUCCUCAAGUGCCAUAUCUAAUUUAAACGUACCUAUGGAUGCCAUGCCAAUGCCAGCUGUUGUUGUACCACCGCCGGCAUCUUCGGCUGUAUCUGUAAAUGCAAAUAAAUCCCAAAAUAUUGGCAAUACACCCACCACCGCCAAUUAUUUUACAACUUCCAAUGUUCAAUGCACAAUAAGCACAACAGCAGGAACGCCGGCGGAGGCAACAUACACUCGCCAUGGGAUGCAUAUGCAUCAAGAACAGCUACAGAAAUCACCAAAAAAAUCUACUUCACUGCCAACACCGGCAGCACCUCCGAUGUUGCAUAGUCCUCCUGGUAGUAAGAUGAUGAGCUAUCCACCAACGGCCAGUCAGGCAGCAAUGUGCACUAAUACGAUGAGUUUAUCACCAGAAUCAUUUCAUGAUCAAGACUCACCGCUCUCGCCAACACAUAGCUUAAAGUUUCCUAGGGAGAAUCAAAGGCGCGCCGGACACAUUCAUGCGGAGCAAAAGCGACGAUACAAUAUUAAAAACGGCUUUGAUUUAUUGCAUUCACUUAUACCGCAAUUGCAACAGAAUCCCAAUGCUAAGUUAAGUAAAGCAGCAAUGCUGCAAAAAGGCGCGGAUCAUAUAAAACAUUUGCGUGCUGAACGCAACCAAUUGAACGAUCAUAUGGAAGCAUUGCUAAAAGAGAGGGAUAUACUUAAUAACUCGCUUACACAUUUGCAUUCAAUCCUUCCAGCGAAUGGUGCACCUGUAACACGUCAGGGUACGGAACAUGUUCGGCAGUUGUAUGAUCAAUAUGUACGCCAUCGUACAAUGCAAGACUGGAAGUUUUGGAUUUUGGGACUUAUAUUGGAACCACUGUUGUCAUCUUAUACUGCAUCAGUGUCAAGUGCCAGUCUAGAGGAAUUACGACGCACUGCGUUUUUAUGGGUUGAUCAGCAUUGUUCGUUGAUUGAUUUGCGACCAGCGGUUUCUAAUAAAUUAAAGUACUUGUCAAUGAAAACCGAUAUUUUGUCCGAUCCCCCAUCAACAUUGCAGGACGAAGUUGCAAAGGCUGUUUACAACAAUAGCGGACACCAUCCAAAUUUACAUGGAACUUAA